CUGAUCCCAGCUCUGCUAUUCGACACAACCCGAGUCGUGAUCGUUUGGUGUUGUCGUGGGUGGACAUCCGCCUCCCCCAGUUUACCUCACCGUCAUCAACCCCCACCUGCUCGGCGCUGAGAUCAUUGUCCAGUUCUCCACAGGUCACUCACGACCACUUUCGUUGUUCAUUACUGAUCGACCAGCUGGUUUUCGUUUCGUCGAGUAAAACGGACGCCGAAAGACGUCGAAAGUGUAUCACCGAGAAGGUUAGACUAGGCGGGUGUUGUUCUUGUUGUUGUUUGUGGUGGGGGUGGAUUUUCCCUUUUUCUUCCGUUCCCGGCCCCCGGGGAAAUACCGUGCACGACGUCACGUGAGUAAUGUAUCGGAACUAUGACCCGCGUGGGAAGUAGCUCGGACGGAGGCAGUGCUUCCAGGUGGCGGAGACAUUUCUCGGGGUGAGAGCGAGAGACCACGAAAGGGAGCCGGAGAGAGGCUAGGCUAGGCCAAGCUAGUUGGGUUAGCUGGCUAGUUCGAGGAAGUUGGGCGAGUCGGGACACAGAGUUUAAAAAUAGAGUCCGAGACGGGUGAUUCUCCGACGUUUGGACUCUGAGGAGAAGUAACAUUAAGCAGCUUUGUUGAGCCGAGCUGUCAACAAAAGGCUCCCCAUCCGCUUGUUCUGGUUCGGAAGCUCUUCCGUACCUCAACAUGGAUUUAAAGACGGCGGUGUUCAACGCGGCCAGAGACGGAAAGCUCCGCUUGCUCGAAAAGCUCCUGGAGAACAAAGAUGUACGCGAGGUGACCAAACUGAUGGGCGAGAAGACGAACGGUGCCACGCCGCUCCUCAUGGCCUCACGUUACGGCCACCUGGACCUGGUGGAGUACCUGCUCGAGUGCUGCCGGGCGCCCGUCGAGGUCGGUGGCUCGGUCAACUUCGACGGGGAGACCAUCGAGGGCGCUCCGCCGCUGUGGGCCGCGUCGGCCGCCGGCCACCUGAAGGUGGUGCAAUCGCUGCUCGGCCACGGAGCCUCGGUGAACAGCACAACCCUGACCAACUCGACCCCGCUGCGGGCGGCUUGCUUCGACGGCCACCUGGACAUUGUCAAGUACCUGGUGGAGCACAAGGCCGACCUGGAGGUGGCCAACAGGCACGGCCACACUUGCCUCAUGAUAUCCUGCUACAAGGGACACAAGGAGAUAGCGCAGUACCUGCUGGAGAGAGGAGCCGACGUCAAUAGGAAGAGUGUCAAAGGUAAGCCCGCGGCAGUUAACUGAGCAUGCCUAAGGUUCCUGUGCCGUUGAGAAGCAGCUCACGAACCAAGAAUCCCCUUUAAUGAUAUACAGUUCCAUUUACAGAAAUGUAAUGAAUAGGCUUUACACUAUCAGGAUUUUGGAGCUGAUCAGCGUGUUUAAAAAAAAAAA